GGUCACAAAGCAGGUAGUCUUUCAGGAAGAAUUAUCCAUGUAGCUUUAACGCAAAGCCACAUCUCGGAAUACAAUUGCACCGGCUGUUGAGCUGCGUUUUUCCAGCUGAGCAGUUUUGAAUUUCUUGGUUCUGCAUCAAACAAAUAAUUGGGAGCUAAUUCAGCAUGGCUGCUGAAAUGAGCGAAUGCAUUGCCAUCGGUAUCGACCUCGGAACGACGUUCAGCUGUGUGGCGGUAAUUGAGAAUGGCCGCGCAGUGGCCAUUCCUAACGAUCAAGGCAACCGAAUUACUCCCAGCAUCGUAGGCUUUUACGACGAUGAACCCGUUAUAGGAGAAGGUGCCUUGUACCAGGCAACUGUGUUUCCCGACAAAACCGUCUGCGAUGCAAAGCGCAUGCUGGGUAAAAGUUACGAUGACCCUCUCAUACAGUCCAGCCGACCGCACUGGAACUUUCAAGUUGUCAACGAAAAGGGCAAACCGAACAUACUGAUAAAUAACAGCGGCCAAUUAAUGCUGAUUCCACCGGAGCACGUAAGCGCGUUAGUUCUGAGGAAAAUGAAAGACAUGGCGGAGAUGUAUCUCCAGUGUCCCGUCUACGAUGCCGUAAUUACGGUCCCGGCCUACUUCCGGGAUGCUCAGCGCCAGGCAACAAAGGACGCGGCGGCAAUCGCCGGAUUGAACGUUCUGCAGACGAUUAACGAACCAACUGCUGCAGCGAUUGCACAUGCUAAAGAGAAACCGUAUCACAAAGCUGAGAAAGUGCUGGUGUUUGAUUUUGGUGGCGGGACACUGGAUGUGUCCAUUCUUCUAGCGGAACCCAAUAUGAAAUUCACGGUCCUAUCAACGCACGGACAUCCCCAUUUAGGGGGCGAGAUAGAUAAUAUUCUUCUUUCUUUCAUGAUUAGAGAGUACGAACAGCAGCACAUGGUUAGUCUGCGGGAUGACCUUGUGGCGAUUCAGCUUUUACGCGAAGAAUGCAGCAAAGCUAAGAUGGUGCUGAGUUUCUCCAAGUCAACAAACCUGAUUAUCCCGAACUUUACCGAAGGUCAGAGGUAUCGACGUACAUUAACACGGGACGAAUUCGAAACAAUUUGUGAGAACAUUUGGGAGGAUAUGAUAUUUCCGGUAGAAGGAGCCUUGGAGGGUGCGGACCUGAAUGCAAACGACAUUGAUUCCGUCGUCUUGGUCGGAGGUUCGAGUAGGAUUCCAAAGGUGAAAGAAGUUAUUGGUCAGUAUUUCCCAGGGAAACCAAUCCUGCAAAGCGCCCAUCCUGACGAGUCCAUUGCCUGUGGAGCAGCGAUUGUGGCUAAUAACAUCAUGGAGCUGCGUUACGGGAAAAAGCCACUGUUAUCCUUAAUUGAUGUCACUCCAUUUUCCCUGGGAAUAAAAACUCACGGAGGCGGAAUGGGAGUGUUUUUCCCAAAGAAUACGCAAAUUCCGGCGCAGCACUACCGCUUCUGUACCACUGUCACGGACUAUCAAACUUCUUUAAAGGUACAAAUUUUCGAAGGUGAAUCCACUCAGGCCACCGACAAUCGCCUACUGGGAGAAGUAGAAUUAACCGGCAUAGAUCCGGCGCCCCGUGGCACACCCAGGGUGAUCAUUACCUUUUCCAUCGAUUUCAGCGGGAUUCUGAAUGUUUCAGCCGAGGACGAGAAUAGUGGGAAACAAGUGCAAGCACAAAUCGACAACGGCCAGUACAAUUUAUCCCAAGCUGAGAUUCAACGGAUCGCUGACGGAAUAUUUGUCGGAUCGCCGGAUGAGCAAAUACAGCGGGAACGAGCGAUUUUGCUCAAGCGACUAGCCGAAUAUGUCGCGACGGUUGCCAGUGCAGUAGAGUUAAACAAAGAUAACUUAACUUCGAAGGAAACGAAUGAAAUUGGCAAAAAUGUGGAUGCGGCGAGAAAAUGGAUUAAGAGCAAUCAAGAAGCAAAGAAGACUGCUAUAAUUAUGAAACAACAAGAGGUUCACCGUUUGUUUCAAAAGGUCAUGGCACGUUUAGUCGUACUUCGGUAAACUCUCUGGAAAGUUGCUUUUUAAAUUAUUAUUUUUGGAAUUUGUGAAUCGAGUAAUUGCAGCAACCAUUAAUUACAACCAGGGUUCUUUCCUAAUAAUGUUGUUGAUAUUUUUUAUUUUGAAAGAUCGAUAUGUUUUUUGCUGCAGCAAACGUAGAAGCAAAUAACUUGUGUAUAACUUUACAGUUCGUUAGACUUACAGCCUUGAAUAUGAUAUGCUCGGAAACAGUCACAGGGAUGUUAUUAAUUUUAUUAAUUUUCAGCUACUACUCUGUACUGCAGCAGCUUGCUCAUAAAUUACAAGUACGUUUACUCCGGGUGCCGGCUGCUACCGGUCUGACAUUCACCAUUAGCCGGCAAUCAUAAUCAA